GCGGUGAUAAGCCGAGACAGUCGACGAACCUAAGAAAUAUGUUUUGUGGGUUACCUAUUAAAUUUUUUCCACCUCGAUUCACGGGCCAAGGAAACCCUGAGGGAGACGAAUUCUUAUUUUCAAAUGAACAAGUUUUUGCCGUAGAUAAUGUUGUUAUUCUUACGCCAGAAUGA